AUGAAAGCUGAUUAUGAAGAGCACGACGCUAUUCUGAUCGCUUGUUGCAUGAUGCAGAUCAAGGCCCAGUUCAAUACUGAGGAAGGUCUGAACUUCAUUCAACAGUAUUACAUCAAUCAAGGACUGAAGAAGUUUGGUGAUGAUGGAAAGGAUGCUGUGGAUAAGGAAUUGAGACAAAUGCUCCAAAGAGAUUGUUUCACUCCCCAAUUUGUUAAAGACAUGACCGCGUCUGAGCAAAAGAAGGCCCAAUCAGCGAUGAUGUUACUCGCAAAGAAGCAAUUUGAAAAGACAAUUAAAGGUCGCCUUGUAUACCAAGGCGGUGGAACUUGUGAAUGGUUAUCGCAAGAGGACACUGCAAGUCCAACUGCUUUGCAACAUGCAAUCACCACUACUUGUGUUAUUGAUGCACACAAAGGUAGAGAUAUAAUGUGGAUUGACGUUCCUAACGCUUUCAUUCAAACUGCCAAUUCGAGGGGACAAAUCCUGUUACCAAAGGAAUAUUGUGAAAAAGGGCAUUGCAAUAGGCAAUAA